AUGUUCAGGAACAACUACGACAACGAUUCGGUCACUUUCUCGCCGCAAGGCCGCAUAUUCCAGGUCGAGUACGCGCAGGAGGCGGUCAAACAGGGUUCGGUGGUCGUUGGUAUCGUUAGCAAGACACACGCUGUGCUUGCAGCAAUCAAGAGGAAUGCCGAAGAACUCUCGUCGUACCAAAAGAAGAUCAUCCCGAUAGAUUCUCACUUUGGUGUCGCUCUUGCCGGUCUCGCCUCGGAUGCCCGCGUCCUCUCCAACUUCAUGAAGCAGCAAUCGCUCGCCUCGCGCCUGACAUACGACCGUGCCAUCCCACUGUCCGAGAUCACUUCUCGCAUUGCAGACCGCGCGCAGACCAACACUCAGCAAUACGGACGGAGACCAUACGGUGUUGGUUUACUGAUUGCCGGUAUUGAUGCCAAGGGGCCGCACCUGUUCGAGUUCCAGCCCAGCGGUGUCACACAGGAGAUGGUUGCUUGUGGUAUCGGUGCCAGGAGUCAAAUGGCCAGGACAUAUCUCGAGAGGCAUCUGGAUGAGUUUGAGGGCGCCAGCAGGGAGGACUUGAUCAAGCACGCGCUGAGGGCUCUGAAGGAGUCGCUCUCACAGGACAAGGAGUUGACCGUAGACAACACCAGUGUUGGUAUUGGCGGCAUUGGUGAGAAUUUCGCGCUCUACGAGGGACAGGACAUUGCAGAAUGGCUGGACACGACAUUUGAGAACCGGGAUGGAGGCGAUGAGGCCGAGGGUGGUGAUGCCAUGGAGACAGACUCAUGA